AGGAGAGGCAAUGUCUGUUUAUUGUUACGGUUUUAAUAAAGUUUAACAAUACAAGAUGCGCCCAUGAUGCUUUGCGCUCCCCGGACAGUGUGAGCGCCAGGCUGCAUGCUCGCUGCACUUCCGCUUCCGGUUUUGACGUUGUGCCCCCGUUAGCGCCGGUUCCCGGAGGAGGUGGGAGCGGGAGGACAAGCAGAGUCCGCUCCGAUAUUGAAGCCGUUGUUUCCCCUUGCAAACAUGUCUCACUCAAAACGGGAUCUGGAAGAUUUGAAAUCAUGGAUAGAGAAAUCUAUCAAAGGAGUUCUGGGUUUCCAUGAGCCUGCUGCUGUUUCUGCUGCUCUAAAUUGCAUAGGGAAAGGAAUGGACAAGAAAAAGGCCUCUGACCAUUUGAAGCAGUACCUGGACGAUUACACGCCACGGUUUGUUGACAAACUUUAUGAUGCUGCCAAAGAAAGUCGAAGCUCGAGACAUUCACGGUCAGGUAGUGAAAGGAGCAGGAAACGUGAGAGCAAGGAAGUGUUUGUGGAUGAUUCAGAUCACCCCAAGGAAACAUCCAGUGUGAAGAAAAAGCGGACUCAGCGCUUUGAGGAGGUGGAGGAAGAACCCGAAGUGAUCCCUGGUCCACCCUCUGAGAGCCCUGGCAUGCUCACCAAGAUACAGAUCAAACAAAUGAUGGAGGCUGCCACAAAGCAGAUCGAGGAAAGGAAAAAACAGCUUAGUUUUGUUAGCCCUACCCCAGUGACGAAAGUAUUGGGGGGGGAGUCAGAACGCCCUGUGAUUGGGAGCACAAUCCAACCUUCCCAAGCUGCAACUUUCAUGAACGACGCUAUUGAAAAGGCCAGGAAAGCGGCCGAGCUACAGGCUCGCAUACAGUCCCAGCUGGCCUUGAAACCCGGACUCAUAGGAACCACUAACAUGGUUGGCCUUGCCAACCUGCAUGCCAUGGGAAUUGCACCACCAAAAGUGGAGCUGAAAGAUCAGACAAAGCCCACCCCCCUAAUCUUGGAUGACCAGGGCCGCACAGUGGAUGCCACGGGGAAGGAGAUCGAACUCACCCAUCGCAUGCCAACUUUAAAAGCCAACAUCCGAGCAGUAAAGAGAGAGCAGUUUAAGCAGCAGCUUAAAGAAAAACCGUCUGACGACCUGGAAUCCAACACCUUCUUUGACCCCCGUGUCACAGUCACUCCUGCACAGCGGCAAAAACGGAGCUUCAAAUUCCAUGACAAGGGCAAGUUUGAGAAGAUUGCUCAGCGACUGCGGACGAAGACUCAGCUGGAGAAACUCCAGGCCGAAAUCUCCCAAGCGGCCAAGAAAACCGGCAUCCAGGCUUCAACCCGACUAGCGCUCAUCGCUCCCAAAAAGGUGCUAAAGGAGGGUGAGAUCCCAGACAUUGAGUGGUGGGAUUCCUUCAUUCUCCCCACCGGCACAGAAUUAACAGAAGAAAGUUUAUCCAAACGAGAGGAAUUCUAUGGUAUAACAAACCUCGUAGAGCACCCGGCACAGCUCAGUCCCCCAGUUGACAAAGAUGCUCCAGUAACACUCGGAGUUUACCUUACCCAAAAAGAACAGAAAAAGCUGCGCCGUCAGACAAGGCGAGAGGCACAGAAAGAGCUGCAGGAGAAAGUACGUCUAGGGCUGAUGCCACCACCCGAACCCAAAGUGCGAAUAUCAAAUUUAAUGAGAGUAUUGGGGACAGAAGCUAUUCAGGACCCAACAAGGGUGGAAGCCCAUGUCAGAGCCCAGAUGGCAAAGAGACAGAAAGCUCACGAAGAAGCAAAUGCAGCCAGAAAAUUAACAACAGAACAGAGAAAAGAGAAAAAAGUAAAAAAGCUAAAAGAAGAUAUUUCUCAAGGUGUCCACGUAACUGUAUAUAGUAUCAGGAAUUUAAGCAACCCAUCCAAAAAGUUCAAGAUUGAAGCCAACGCAGGCCAGUUAUACCUAACAGGGGUCGUAGUUCUACAUAAAGAUGUCAAUGUGGUGGUGGUAGAAGGAGGGCCCAAAUCACAGAAGAAGUUUAAAAGGUUGAUGCUCAGUCGAAUAAAGUGGGAUGAACAGACAACGAACACCAAGGGAAACGAUGAUGAUGAAUCAGAUGAGGAGUUGGUUAAGAAGUCCAAUAGGUGCUCAUUAGUUUGGGAGGGUACAGUUAAGGAGCGCAGCUUUGGCGAUAUGAAAUUUAAACAGUGCCCAACGGAAAACAUGGCGCGGGAGCACUUUAAGAAGCACGGGGCAGAACAUUAUUGGGACCUGGCACUGAGCCAGUCUGUGCUGGAAACUGCAGACUAAGACCUCUUCUAUCCUUACAGCAAGGAUAGGCUACCCAUGCUGCACCACUCAAACCGAGGAACGAACUCCAGACAGACCUCCUUAAAUCACAGUGUUCAAAGCUGUGUUCAGCCUAAAAUGCAUCAGUGGUUUAUUUAUGAGCAAACUCCCAUUCUCUUCCGUUUACGGCAAAGCUCUUCCUUUAAAUAGCACUGCAUUGUGGGUAUUAACCUGUCUGUGGCAUGAAGUGUCACGCCAUUGUGAAAACAAACGGAGUUUGACGCAGUUUUUGCCGCUCCAAAUAUCUGGUCAUACAUAUAUAAACAGUCUUUGGGGGGUUUUUUUUGUUUUUUUUUUAAUAUUUCCCACUUUUUUUUUUCUUUUCUGGGCCAUACAAAAAAAAUGAGGCUUUCUUUUUAAUAUCGUUUAUUAUUAAAACGAUUUAUUUUGAAUAAAAGUAGGCCUUGUUUUGUAUUAAGCCAGGGAUUCCCUUGGUUUUUCAUGCAAAUAAAAAAGAAAACUGAAAACUUGAGUGGGUGAUGUUUUUACUACAGAUUCACAUCUACGCAGAAGUUGUUUGUUGUUAAUAUGCCCCAAUAAUAAUGCCUUUCUACACAAUACAUCUGGGAAAAAGAUUAACUACUACACAAUAUUCUCUUUUCUAAUUUAUCAGAUGUGUUUUUUUUUUUUUUUACGGCUAUAAUUGUAAAUGGGUUUUAUGCAGUUAACCUAUUGGCAAUAGCAGAACCAGAAUUCUAGUCUUCAAAUAGCAAAACUUUGUUGGAAAGAGUUUAAUAACUUUGAA